AGGCACCGAGGCGCGCGCGGAGCCGGGUGGCCGCAGCGUCCCCGCGCGCGGCCGGGCCAGGUAGGAACGCAGAGCCGCAGCCGCCUCGCCAUGCGGCCGGACCGGAGGCCUGGGCUGGGGCCCGCGCCACCCCCUGCGCGCCGCCCCCGCUGAGCCCGCGCCCGAUAGGGCGCCGCAGGCACCAUGGUGCAGAAGUCGCGCAACGGUGGCGUGUACCCCGGCACCAGCGGGGAAAAGAAGCUCAAGGUGGGCUUCGUGGGGCUGGACCCCGGCGCGCCCGACUCCACUCGCGACGGCGCGCUACUCAUCGCGGGCUCCGAGGCCCCCAAGCGCGGCAGCGUUUUGAGCAAGCCGCGGACGGGCGGCGCGGGAGCCGGGAAGCCCCCGAAGCGCAACGCCUUCUACCGCAAGCUGCAGAAUUUCCUCUACAACGUGCUAGAGCGGCCCCGCGGCUGGGCGUUCAUCUACCACGCCUACGUGUUCCUCUUAGUCUUCUCCUGCCUUGUGCUUUCUGUGUUUUCCACCAUCAAGGAGUACGAGAAGAGCUCUGAGGGGGCCCUCUACAUCUUGGAGAUCGUGACGAUCGUGGUAUUCGGUGUUGAGUACUUUGUGAGGAUCUGGGCUGCAGGCUGCUGUUGCCGGUAUCGAGGCUGGAGGGGCAGGCUCAAGUUUGCCAGGAAGCCGUUCUGUGUGAUUGAUAUCAUGGUGCUGAUUGCCUCCAUUGCUGUGCUGGCUGCUGGCUCCCAGGGCAAUGUCUUUGCCACAUCUGCACUUCGGAGCUUGCGGUUCUUGCAAAUCUUGCGGAUGAUCCGUAUGGACCGGAGGGGUGGCACCUGGAAGCUCCUGGGAUCGGUGGUCUACGCUCACAGCAAGGAGCUGGUGACUGCCUGGUACAUUGGCUUCCUCUGCCUCAUCCUGGCCUCAUUUCUGGUGUACUUGGCAGAAAAGGGUGAGAAUGACCACUUUGACACCUACGCGGAUGCACUCUGGUGGGGUCUGAUCACCCUGACGACCAUUGGCUACGGGGACAAGUACCCUCAGACCUGGAACGGAAGGCUGUUGGCAGCGACCUUUACCCUCAUUGGUGUCUCGUUCUUCGCUCUUCCAGCUGGCAUUUUGGGAUCCGGCUUUGCCCUGAAAGUCCAAGAGCAGCAUCGGCAAAAACACUUUGAGAAACGGCGGAACCCUGCGGCAGGUCUGAUCCAGUCUGCCUGGAGAUUCUAUGCUACUAACCUCUCACGCACCGACCUGCACUCCACGUGGCAGUACUACGAGCGGACAGUCACUGUCCCCAUGUACAGCUCACAAACUCAAACCUAUGGGGCCUCCAGACUCAUCCCACCUUUGAACCAGCUGGAGCUGCUGAGGAAUCUCAAGAGCAAAUCUGGACUCACCUUCAGGAAGGAGCCACAGCCAGAGCCAUCACCAAGUAAAGGCAGACCGUGCCGAGGGUGCCUGUGUGGAUGCUGCCCCGGACACUCUAGUCAGAAGGUCAGUUUGAAAGACCGUGUCUUCUCCAGCCCCCGAGGCGUGGCUGCCAAGGGGAAGGGGUCUCCCCAGGCCCAGACGGUCCGGCGGUCCCCCAGUGCGGAUCAGAGUCUCGAUGACAGCCCGAGCAAAGUGCCCAAGAGCUGGAGCUUUGGUGACCGUAGCCGCGCACGCCAGGCUUUCCGCAUCAAGGGUGCUGCAUCCAGGCAGAAUUCAGAAGAAGCAAGCCUCCCUGGGGAGGACAUCGUGGAGGACAACAAGAGCUGUAACUGCGAGUUUGUGACUGAAGAUCUUACCCCUGGCCUCAAAGUUAGCAUCAGAGCUGUGUGUGUUAUGCGGUUCUUGGUAUCUAAGCGAAAGUUCAAAGAGAGUCUGCGCCCAUAUGAUGUGAUGGAUGUCAUCGAACAGUACUCGGCUGGACACUUGGAUAUGUUGUCCCGCAUCAAGAGCCUGCAGUCCAGGCAAGAGCCCCUGCCUGUCCAGUCUGGGCAUGAACAGGGCCCUCCGGGACAAAACCAGGCAUGGCACAAGGGGCACCAAGGGCUGGGUGACAGAGUGGACCAGAUUGUGGGGCGGGGCCCAACAAUAACGGACAAGGACCGUACCAAAGGCCCGGCGGAGACGGAGCUGCCCGAAGACCCCAGCAUGAUGGGACGACUUGGGAAGGUGGAGAAACAGGUCUUGUCCAUGGAAAAGAAGCUAGACUUCCUGGUGAGCAUCUAUACACAGAGAAUGGGCAUCCCACCAGCAGAGACAGAGGCCUAUUUUGGGGCCAAGGAGCCUGAGCCGGCACCACCCUACCACAGCCCAGAGGACAGCCGUGACCAUGCAGACAAGCAUGGCUGUAUCAUUAAGAUCGUCCGCUCCACCAGCUCUACGGGCCAGAGGAACUACGCGGCACCCCCAGCCAUCCCCCCCGCCCAGUGUCCUCCCUCCACCUCGUGGCAGCAGAGCCACCAGCGCCAUGGCACCUCCCCCGUGGGAGACCAUGGCUCACUGGUACGCAUCCCACCACCCCCUGCACACGAGCGGUCGCUGUCUGCCUACGGCGGGGGCAACAGAGCCAGUACCGAGUUCUUGAGGCUGGAGGGCACCCCGGCCUGCAGGCCCUCUGAGGCUGCCCUGCGGGAUAGCGACACGUCCAUCUCCAUCCCUUCGGUGGACCACGAGGAGCUGGAGCGCUCCUUCAGCGGCUUCAGUAUCUCCCAGUCCAAGGAGAACCUGGAUGCCCUGGGCAGCUGUUAUGCAGCUGUGGCACCAUGCGCCAAGGUCAGGCCCUACAUUGCAGAGGGGGAGUCUGACACAGACUCAGACCUCUGCACACCAUGUGGGCCUCCCCCACGCUCUGCCACUGGUGAGGGCCCCUUUGGAGAUGUGGCUUGGGCAGGGCCCAGGAAAUGAGUCUGGGCUGGGCUGCUGGCCCCAUGCCACACCCAUUCUUGUUCAGUUUUAGAACUGGAGUUCCAGGGCCUUUCUUAAAGUGACAGAGUGACAUAGAGUAGUGUGGGUUGUGAGGAUGCUCAUGGGAUCUCACUCUCAGGUGUCAUGUGGAGUGGGGAUGAAGCAGGGCUCCUUAGCACAUACAGUAACAUUUUAUAGAAGUUCUUUUCCAACCAGGAGAGGGAGGGUUGAGGCCAGGCCCUGGAGGCCCUGGGAGCUACCUGUGGCAGCAAAGCUAGCCCUGCCUAGUCUUCUUGGGGGACAUAUUGCCCUGUGAGUGAGGAGGGACAGCGUGACGGUUAGCGCCUGUGAAUGGGGUUGUGGCUGGGAGCAAGUACACGGGACGUAGUGGUGAAACAGGCUUGUCUCCUGCUGAUGGCCAGUCCAGGGACCUGUGGGUCUCUCAAAUUUAGGCUGGAAGUUCAGAGGUAUAGUAGGUUGCUGGAAAUGGCCCACUCUCACACCUGACUGCUUAUCCCUCCAUCCCUGACUGCCCCAGUAAAGCAUUACCAGGCCCACAGUUUGCAUGUGGUUGGGUAAUGUCCCUCAUCCCUGAGUACCUAGCUAGAGAGCUGCCAACAUCUUCCUCCCUCUUCCAGGUUAUGUGGAUCUUUCCAUGGGAGCCAUCCUUAGGUCAGAACCCUUUUCCUGGAGCUGAGGAAGGGGUGAGGCCUUAGGGACCAAUCUGGAGCUUAGAAUUGAUCCUUAGACUCUCCUUACUUCCACCUCUUAGGGGAAGACUCAACUCACAGCCUUUUCUGAAAAGGUUUCUUCGGCAGGUUCUGGCUGGCUCAUCCCUGGCACUGUAGCCCAGGAGGUAUGAGUUGACACUUCAUGGCCUCUGCUCUUUCCUGGUGUGGCGCUGGCCUCCAGGCCGUGGCCAGCACUUCAAGAGAACUACCAGAUAAGCAGACCAGCGUUGUCCUUAGCCAGGACACCUCCUUGCCUGCGGCCCACUUGGCUCUACAGAUUCAGGCAGGGCUAAAUGACAUGACGUCUUCAAACUGCCAGCUCUUUCUACACGAGAGCGUGGCCUUUGAGCCUGGUCAAGGAUCCUUCCCACAGAAGCUGGCCAUCCAGUCAUUUAUCCACUAAUAGGUCCCUGAUCUGUGGCCCCUGGGUGUUUGAGGAAUUAGGAACACCUUGUCCUCUACUCCGGUGAGGAGUAAUCUCUGUCCAUCAUGUGGGUGGGCAUCUUGGACCAUCUAGCAUUCAGCUUUAGAGGGAGACAAGGUAGAAUAGGGCCCUCAGUUGUGGUCCCAUAAUAUCUGGCCCAGAGGUGCCCGGCAUUGAAUGAUAACAUUUUGGGGUGGGGCCCCCAGACUCACUUGCUCUCAGCUUUCCUGGACACUGAGGGCAAGUGCUAUAGAGCUUGCCCCUGGGCAGAGCUCUAUCUACUUCUUUCACCCUUUUGAAAAGUGUAUUCUGGCAGGGGUAGAGGCAGCGUGAGUUGGGGGGAGGGCUAUGCUCAGCAGGAGGUACCCCAUCCUUGAGGAGAGCUUGAGUCAUGUCUCUGCCAGGGACCUGGGUAUUUGGAGAACUAUGUGUGUUGUCUGCUGUAACCUUCAUGUCCUCCAUGUCAGGGCUACUAGGAUCUCACCUCAGGGUGCCUCUGCUAGGAUCCAAGUGUGGAGCCUGUCUAUGUUUGUUCCAAUAUGUACACAUUGGUCCUCUAAGGCAGUGCUAUAGUCAAGAACUUCUUGGUAUGAGAGAUGUAUACAGGAAAAAUAGCUGUACCUUCAAGAGUCUUCUCUUGGUGAGUUGAGCCUGGGUCUGCGCUCCUCCAUCUCUGUGUUAGGACAGGAAGAGUCUAAAGCAGAGGAACAAACACAUCUGCCUAGACAGACCAACAGCCAGAGCACUCCUUCCUUAGACCUGGGCAGACCGUAGCUAUCUAAGCCUCAGGGCAUGUGGGAGAGAGGUUUGAUCUGCCCUACAUGCUCCCAUACAGCUUGUCUUGCCUCAUAUGUGACUUCAAGUCCUGUCCCCAGAGCUGCCACGGAUACCAGAGCCUGGUGUGCCCUGAGCUGGGGUUUUGUGGGAUGAAGUAGGUGAACAGACACCCCCUUCCCAGAAACCCUGGACACACAGAAUUUAUCAGAAGUCCUUCCUUAAAACAAGAACGAGAUGAGGAGGCAUGGCUUCUCUGCAAAUGAGGAACACUGGUCAAGUCUGCCGUGUUGGCUACACAGAGGAAGGUAGUGUAUCUCAGGGGGUGACAUGGAAGUCCUGAUGUGAGAGAUGACGGAGCCCUUUCUUAGGGACAGAUCCAGGCUUAAACAACACAAAUGCCCACUGCCUUGGCAUCCCCACCCGCAAAGAAGCAAGACAGGAUGGAGGCCGAAGGCUCCUACAAAAAAAUCUGUGCACUUUCUUGGGUGCACACAUGACCAAGUAUGGCUGAAGGCCAGCGGCUGCCCCAUGGCAAAAUUUUCCUCAGAAAACAUUUAUCCUAACACAUUCCCUCACAUGCCUACCAACACAUGCCCAUACACUAGACACACAUGUAUAUUCACAUAAGUGCACACCAAAACUUACCACAUUUUCAUAUGUACACACAAGUAUACAUACAACAGGUGUACUUUCAAACAUGUAUUUCUUGUUAUGCACUUACACAUGCAAGCUCACACACAGUUUGUCAGACCACACAUAACAGCUACACAUACACACAUGAACACACAUACGGACAUACAGGCUUAUAAGCUAUAUCCUAUUCCACAUUUGCACAUACAGCAGGUACCCACUUUUAUACCUGAAGAUUUACAUAUAUGAACACAUAUGUAUAAGUAACCUGUAUGUAUAAUGUACACACACUUGUAGGCUUCUCUCUCUCUCUCUCUCUCUCUCUCUCUCUCUCUCUGUGUCUAUACAUACACACACACACACACUUUUUCUCUUGUGUCUUCCUGAUGGAAGCUGCCUCGGCAGGGUGCACAAGAAUUAAUGGUGAGUGUUCUAAAAUGGUGAACACUGACUGGAGUAGGAGUCCUGGUUAUCUAGGCCUUCUGAGCAACAGUGGUAGAGAGUCCACCUAGAGACCAUUGAGUUCCCACACUGCCCUCUCCCGGGACUAAGUGGUGGCUGGCUGCAGGCACUGAGAGGGUGUGGCUAGGUCAGGGUGAGGGUCCAGAUCAGUCUUUGCCUUGGGUUAAUCUUGACAUUGGCCAUUUCCCAGUGUCUUCCUGUACACAUGCCUGCCUUAUUGUACCAGGCUGUGAUUGGCGUUUCCUGGCUUAAGUUUCUGUCCCUUUCGAUUGUGGCCUCUGGAAAGUGCACUCUUGUCUAACAGGGCCAAAAUACCUGGGCUGAGGGCCCAUAUGCUGUCUUACCUGUGGUCUUGGCAGAUCGAGUGUCCAUUUGAGGUCAUAAGUUAGCUCCUGGUUAUGCGCUCACUGGGAAGCCCCAUUUAGAAGCUGGGGAGUCACUAGACACUACAUGGGUCUCCUCAGAGGAGACACUCUGAGCUGUAGUCAUCCUCAGAUCCUAGACACAGGAGAUAUACAUCCAGGACCACCUUCCACCUUUUAUUCACUGGUUUAAGGUUCUUUCUUCCCUCAAGCUGGUGGCUCCAGAUUCAGAAUGUGGAAGAUGGAGCCACCCUGCCUUCUGCCUCCCCUACUGGAUUUAUCCUAUAUCAGGGGCACUGUGAAGAACACCCUUGCUUUUUGUAAAAAGAGUUGAACCCAUAGAGGUCUUCAGACUUUCCCCCAGAUGUAAGAAUCUGGGAUGGGGAUGCUGUUCUGACACACGGCAGCUUGUGUCUUUCAGCUUUAAGCAGUGCACAGAGUAGAGGCUAAUUCACUUGCCCACGGCUCACACCCCAACAUCUGCAGGACAACAUUUAGGCCUUUCCCCGAGGCCACACCCUCUUGAAAUAAACAUGAAAAAUGUUGUUUGAACAGUGGGGCCCACUGUGGGGGGGCUCAGAGGUGUCUGGCACACCUUGUAUCCCAACAGGGUAGACUGGAGUUAAGAGUAGAUAAUCUAUACAGGGUACCCCUGAAGUCCAGGCUCACAUGACUGUAGUCAAACGCUGAUGUGGCAUCUGCUGCCCUGGAGCAGAGAGGCCAGUCUUCUCCCCUGAGACCUCCAAGGGCACAGGAUGUAGGGAUUGGGGAAAGAGGUCCAGGAGAAGUCUGCAGGCAAGUCUGUCUGUCUGUCCUAGGCUCCUUUUCUCUAAGGGGGCAAGAGCUUCUCAGAGGAGGUGUUAAGAUGGCAAUGAAGAUUUCUAGAGGAGACCCAGGUGCCUCUUCCUUCUGAGGAGUCUUUACGUGUGCUCAGCACAUGCCCUGGGGCCUAGGGGUCCAGUGUCCCUGGAAGUUAACAAAUUUGGGCCACAGUUUGCUGAAUUUUGCUUGUCUGUGAGGUAGUUCCGGCAAUAUGCCGUGGGAGGGGCACCAGGAAAUGGGGUAGAGAAAAAGGGUUACACCCUAGGAAGGAGGCCCACCAAACAUCCAGAGUGCCUGGGUUUUGCGUUCAUUUAGAGCUCUGUCUGUGAUGCUGGCAUCGGUGCCCUAGCUGACAAAGGAGGCUGGGUCUGUCCCAUGACCCAUCCUGAAGUUCCCCCUGGUGUUGAACCCUCUGUCAGAGAAGGGAUAGUCUCUAGGCUGUGUUUCUGGGACUCUCAGGCAGGAGUGCACAUCGCUAGUACCGCACAUCCAACCGGGACCGGCUUUUACAGAGUUGUUGCCUUAAUGUAUGUUGAGGGACAUUCACCAAGGUCACCCCUGCCUCUGCCUGAUACAGACACUGGGCUCCAUCUCCAGGUCCUGCGACUGGAGAGGAGUACUGGCAUGACGAGCUGUCACUAGUAGUUCCACGUGGAGGGGCUCAAAGCUGUGACCCCCUUGACGUCAUCUACCUGCCUGGGACGGCUCCAUAGACAGUGCAGCGCACCCUGCGCUUCCGGUCCACACCUGCCCAUUGCAGUCCUGUCCCCCGGCCGCAGCUGUGGCCGCAGCUUCCCCAUCUGCGCUGUUGCCUUUGGCUGUCUUUGCACUUUUGUUCAUGCUCCAAAGAAUAUUUCAUAAUGCCUUCAUACUGAUGUGCACCCUGACCAUUUUGUAUGUGCCCUUGGGCCACAGCGACUGGCCUCCUCCUUUGGGCCAGCGUGCCGCCAUCUGCACACGACGCUGUCUUCUAGGGAUAGAUGCCCAGGGAAUGAACUCUAGUUUUCUAACGGACUAGCUGAGAUGCUAACUUACUCAACGUGAACAGGAUGAUAUGUGUGCUGUGUGGGCGGGCCGACGUGUGCUCGCAGGGAACUUUGGGGGCAGAAUCCUGCAGCAGGGAUGCAUGCAGAUGGUUCUGGAAAGUUUUGCCACCGCAAGGCUAAGUUCAGAUGCCCAGUGGACCUGGGCACUUAGUAAAACACAGUGAUUCAA